GCUCCAGAUACCCUUCCCGCAGCAGCAUGGCCCGUCCGGUACAGCUAACGCCGGACUCGCUGGCGCUGGUGCUGUGUCGGCUGGACGCGGGGGAGGCGGCGGGAGCCGCGGCGGAGCCCGGUGGGCGUUCGGUGUUCCGCGCUUUCCGUCGCGCCAAUGCCCGCUGCUUCUGGAACGUGCGGCUGGCGCGCGCCGCCUCGCGGCUGGCCUACCAGGGCUGGCUGCGGCGCGGCGUGCUGCUAGUGCACGCGCCCCACACCUGCCUGCAGGUGCUGCGCGACGCCUGGCGGCUCCGCGCGCUGCGUCCCCCGCGCGGCUUCCGCAUCAGCGCAGUGGGUGAUGUUUUUCCAGUGCAAAUGAACUCCAUAGAACAAUCUCAGUUUGUGCCCUUGGCUGAAGUUGUUUGCUGUGCUAUAUCUGAUAUGAAUGCAGCUCAGAUUGUAGUAACACAGGAAUCACUUUUGGAGCAUUUGAUGAAGCAUUAUCCAGGAAUUGCAGUUCCCCCCCAGGAUAUUCUGUACACCACUCUAGGAGCUCUAAUUAAAGAAAGGAAGAUUUAUCACACCGGAGAAGGAUACUUCAUAGUUACACCUCAGACUUACUUCAUCACAAACACAGGUUACCAGGAAAAUAAGAGAACACUUCUGUCAGAAGACAGCUUGGUGCCUACUUCUGUGACCUAUCUGGUGAACAUGGAGAGCUGUGCAGGGUUGGCAAAGGAUAAGGCUGCCCCCAUUUCCCAUUGUCCUUCUUGCCGGUGUUUUUCUGACAUGGGCGUUCAAGACACUGAAGAUGCAACAAGUGCUGCAGAAGUGACUAGAAAAGGCCAGAAAAGUCUAGGGGAAUCUGUACCUUUGGUUCAGAACCAGGCAGUUUCAGCAUCUCAAGAUACUCCUAUCUGUGAGAGCUCCAAACCUUUACCAUACACAAAAGACAAAGAAAAAGGCAAAAAGUUUGGCUUUAGUCUCUUAUGGCGCAGUAUAUCCAGGAAGGAGAAACCCAAAAUAGAGCACAGCAGCUUCUCAGCACAGUUCCCUCCUGAAGAAUGGCCUGUCCGGGAUGAAGAUAACUUGGACAACCUUCCCCGAGAUGUUGAACAUGAGAUAAUCAAAAGAAUUAACCCUGUGCUGACUGUUGACAACUUAAUCAAACAUACCUUCUUAAUGCAAAAACAUGAAGAACAGAAAAAAUAUAAUAGCCAGGGCACUUCCACUGAUAGACUGACAGCCAGGCCUAAAUGUCCUUCAAAAAAGGGAGUUACAAGAAGGCAGGGUCGGUCAGCAAAGCCUCGUAGGCAGGGCCAUUCUCGUAGAGACAGACUCAAAGCCCGGAACCAGGGAAGCAUUAGACAGGAGAAGCACCCCAGGUAUCCUGCUGCCCAGCCCAACCAUAGGAUUCAAAGUCUCAAUGAAGGAGAAGUUCAGAAACUGACUGGUGAGAAUGCAGCUGUGCUAGGUUCCCACUUGAUUUACAAAAAGCGAAUCAGUAAUCCUUUCCAAGGCUUGUCUCUUCGAGGGAGCCCAGUAACCACAGGGCACAGCAUUCAGAAGACCAGUGAUGUGAAACCUAGCCAGAUUGAACCAGAGGAAAAGCCUUUCCAAAGGACAGAGUCUUCCUGUCCUUCCUGUCCUGAUCCCUCAGGAAUAUUUGAUCGCAAAGUCCAGCAGCCAUUUCCUCAACAGUGCUAUGGUAAACCAAAAGCAGAAUCCAUUUAUAUGACUGACUCUACAGUCCAGCCUGCUGGUGAUGACUUCAGAGGUGGUCUCUUAAAUUACCCUCAAGGUGGUGCUUCACAAAAUGACAGUCAUUGCUGUUCCACUAGAGAGAGCAUGUUGAUAUGUGAUGUCUCUAGUGGAGAAAAUAAGGAAAUCCCUGAAGUCUUGAGGAAAAGCCACUUGGACAAAUUAGGGGAGGCCAAGGAAACACAGCAUAUUCUCCCAUCACAAGGUUCCUCUUUAGACCUGACAUCCUCUGCUUGUAGAUUAAUUGACAAAACAACACACCAAUUUCAAAACCUUAGCCUCUUAGAUUACUCAGUUGGUCACAGCCAUUUGAGACAGGAUGGAGACUCAGAAGAACUAGUGAGAAAGGCAUUUGUCCCAGAGGCAGAGACUGUGAGUCUAGAAAAUGAAGGGCUUUCUGAUGAUGAUCAUGACUUCUACCCUGAUGAAGUGGAGGAUGAUGAUGGGGCCUGCAGUUCAUUGUAUCUAGAGGAUGAUGACUUUUCUGAGAAUGACAACUUGUAUCAAAUGCUUUCUGGACAUACUAAGUAUUCCUUUGCACGUGGAAGCAAGUGGAAUCAUUUAGGAAAGCCAAAAAUGACUGAGAGACCUUUGACUGAGUAUAGUAGCAAAAUGGGUAGGAUUGAGCCGGAGGUGCUUAAAAGAAACGAAUGUUACAAACCCACUGGGUUGUUUACAAACCCAGGGGAAAGCCCCAAUCUUAAUCUCUCUGAUGAAAGCUGUGUCCUAAAAUUUGGGUCCCAGAUUAAUUUUAACUAUGAAGAUGACCCUAACAUUGCUAAAUGUGUACGGUCCUCAGCACCUGUAGAUAGUUUAUUUGAUUACUACAGUGCAAGGAAAACUAGUUCUGACACUGAAACCCUACAAGACUCUGUUGCUGACACCAGAAAGAAACCAGUUAGCUGGAGUCAGAAUCCGGAAUUGAGAAAACAUUUCACACAAAAGUUAGAACUUUUCAAUAUGCCAGAAUUGGCUCGGGAUAUUCAGCAUGAACAUAAUCACUUGGAAGGCACAGAAAACCACAGCAUGGCAGGAGAUAGUGGAAUAGAUUCUCCACGGACACAAAGCCUGACAUCUAAUACUUCAGUCAGUUUGGAUGAAUUUAAAAGACGACAGAAUUUUCAGAAGAAACUUGAAGGCACAAAGAACAGUCAGACACUCACAUGUAAUUCCCUACUACAACUAACUCCAGUCAUAAAUGUCUAAUUAUAUUUUGGAAACUUUUUCUAAUAAUGUACAGCAUUACUGUGGAGCCCUUGAUUAAACGAAUAUAUAAGAAUCCUCUAAAGCCAAUCAUAUAUGCUAUUCAUGUUAUUACAUUCUAAUUACUGGCUUUUCUCAUUUUUGAUGUUUUAAAUCUUUUUGAUAUUUUACUAGGAAUUUAUGAAGAGUAUGAAGAUUGUUUGCAAUAAAAAUAACCUGGAUCCAUUGGUGUU